GACAGUUGAUGAAUACAGAACAACAGAGCAGCCCAAAGGCAACAAUGAAACAGGGAGAGCAGAGAUUGAGGAGAAGCAAAAGGAGGAGGUAGGAUACGAGGAAGAAGAGGAAGAAGAGGAAGAAGAGGGGGUGGAGGAAGAGAAAGAGGAGGAGAGGCAAUGUGUGGGUCAGGAGAACUCAGAUCAUCAGUACUCCAGUGGUGACUACAGCAGGCAUCAGGCAAAAGUGGAAGGAGAUGAGGAAGAAGAAGGGGAAGAGAAGGAGGGAGAGGAGACUGAGAAGAAGGUAAUGGAAGAGAAGGAGGACGAAGAGGAGGAGGAGGUGGUCCACGUGGAGCCUCUUGCCUCUAGUACGCUUGCUCAGGGAUGUGAGGAUACAGAAGUGGCACCGGAGGAGGUAAAGAUUGGUACCCCGUUGACAGAAGAGGAGGAAGAGGAGGAGGAAGGAGAGGAGGAAACAGAAGCAGGGGAGGUGGAAGAAGAAGACCAAGACUCUCACAAAGCCUCACCUACCACAGUGGUCAUUGAGAUACGAUCUGAGGAGGAGGAAGAGGAGGAGGAAGAUGACUGUCUCUCACAGGGUUCAGGCGUGACAGAUGACUCUGAGACCUGGGAUAUGACCCGGGGGAACUUAGGGCUGCUGGAGCAAGCCAUCGCCCUGAAGGCCGAGCAGGUGAGAGGGCCGAACGACGACCAACAGUCUCCCGAGGACCAGCGCUACCACAGCCCCGACGACAGGGCCAGCAAACCCAUGGACCCAGCCAUGCGACACAGAGGACACCACAGCAAAGACAAGAAAGAGGUGAAAUGCCCCACCCCUGGGUGUGAUGGGACGGGCCAUGUGACUGGGCUGUACCCCCACCACCGCAGCCUCUCUGGGUGCCCUCACAAAGACAGGAUCCCACCUGAGAUCCUGGCCAUGCACGAGAAUGUGCUGAAGUGUCCAACUCCAGGAUGCACAGGCCAAGGCCACGUCAACAGCAAUCGCAACACGCACCGCAGUCUGUCCGGUUGUCCCAUCGCAGCUGCAGAGAAGCUUGCCAAGGGGGGCCAAGUCACCCUCACUCACCCCCAGCCUUCAGUCAGCGAUCCCCAAACUGGGAGCCCCCACUCAGACAGAGUUCUCAGACCAAUGUGUUUUGUGAAGCAGCUGGAGAUCCCUCAGUAUGGCUACAGACCCAACAUGGUGCCUGCUACACCCCGCGCCAACUUGGCCAAAGAGCUGGAGAAAUACUCCAAGGUUUCCUUCGACUAUGCAAGCUUCGACGUCCAGGUGUUUGGGAAGCCUAUGCUGGUUCCAAAGAUGCCCGCCACCAGUCAAUCCUCACCCAAAGCCAUCAAAUCUAAACCAUUCCCUAAGGCCUCGUCCCCGAGCCAUAGCUUGUCAGGAGGAUAUGCAAAGAGCAGCUCCUCCUCGUCCUCCAGCGGCUACGAUUACUCCCAUGAUGCUGAGGCUGCUCACAUGGCUGCCACUGCCAUCUUGAACCUGUCCACGCGCUGCUGGGAAAGGCCCGAGAACCUUAGCACCAAACAGCAGGACACAGCUGGCAAGGAAAUUGAUAUUGAAGUGGAUGAGAAUGGUACACUGGACCUGAGCAUGAAGAAGCCCAUCAAGAGGGAAGGGAUGCAAUCACCAGACCCAUCUUUAUCCUCCUCCUCUUCCUCGCAGCACCUGGGAGGUGUUCCCUUGUCCCAGGCCCACCUGCAAGAGGAGUGGGAAGGGCCUCUGGACUUUACCAAGCCAAACUGUCCCAAAGAGGAGGAGGAGCAAGAUGAGGUGGACUUUGUGGCCCACUCCUACACCUCUUCUGAUGCAGAGGACGAUGACAUCGCUCAGGAGAGCAUGGAGGACAGGAAGUACCCAGGCGAGGUCACCACGUCCAGCUUCAAGGUCCAGUUCUCGCCCAAAGACUGCAAGAAAGAGGUUCUACUAUGUCCCACCCCAGGUUGUGAUGGCAGUGGGCACAUCACUGGAAACUACGCUUCACAUCGGAGUCUGUCAGGCUGUCCUCUUGCUGAUAAGUCUCUUCGGACCCUCAUGGCAGCCCACUCUGCUGAACUUAAGUGUCCGACCCCUGGAUGCGAUGGAUCAGGUCACAUCACUGGAAACUACGCCUCCCAUAGAAGUUUGUCUGGAUGCCCUCGUGCAAAGAAAGGUGCUGUCAAGACAACACCCACCAAGGACGACAAGGAAGACUCUGAGCUUUUAAGUAGAUGCCCGGUGCCCGGCUGUGACAGCCUGGGCCACAUCAGUGGGAAGUAUGCCACCCACCGCAGUGCCUAUGGGUGCCCCCUGGCAGCGCGGCGUCAAAAGGAGGGGCUCCUCAACGGCUCUCCUUUCUCCUGGAAGGCCUUUAAGACUGAGGGACCCACCUGUCCCACCCCUGGGUGUGACGGAUCAGGACACGCCAAUGGCAGCUUCCUCACACACCGCAGUCUCUCUGGUUGUCCCAGAGCCUCUGCUAAUAAGAAGAGAAGCAGGUUUCCUGGAGACGAGUACAUUACAGCAAAGUUCAGGGCCAGCGAUGUUCUGGAUAAUGAUGAAGAUAUCAAGCAACUGAACAAUGAGAUCAGGGAACUCAGUGAGUCCAAUUCAGAGAUGGAGGAUGACAUGAUGAACCUGCACACACAGAUCUCAUCCAUGGAGAAUAACCUGAAGAGUAUGGAGGAGGAGAACAAGCAGAUCGAGGAGAGAAACGAUGCCCUGUACAUGGAGCUGUCUGGCCUGAGCCAAGCUCUGAUCCGCAGCUUGUCCAACAUCCGGCUGCCACACAUUCAGGAGCCUAUGUCGGAGCAGAACUUCGAUACCUACGUGGACACCUUGACCCAUAUGUUCUCCAAUAAAGAUUGCUACCAAAACCCGGAAAACCGCGCUCUGUUGGAGUCCAUCAACCAAGCAGUAAAAGGCAUCGAAGUAUAGUCUCUCAAAGGGAGAUGAAGAGGCUAAAUGGAAUAUAUGAAAGAGAGGGAAAAGAGGAACGAGAGCAGGGUGACAUGCUGUGUGGGUAUACAAAACCCAACAACUAUAAAUAAAUCCAUUGCUUUUGGAAUAUACUGUAGACCUGAUUUUUCUUGUAUUUGUUUUGGAGAAAAUGUGUCCAUUUCACAUUGCUCCCCCUCCCUGCUUGCAUGAAGGUUAUCAAGAUCAAUGGACACACUUGUGUAUGGAUGAGUACGGAAGUUUCAAUUAUGUCUUGAGUGUUCUUGAGUGCAUUGGAGUAAAACUGUGUUGGUGUGGGUGUUUAGGAACGUUUUGAGGGGUAUAAUAAAAAAGCCACUUUAAUGGUUCAGAACGGACUAAGAAUGCAGUAUACUGGCUCCAAUACCCCAUCAUACAAUAUUCUCCUAAAUAGUGUACAUGUAUUCCAACCCCAUUGAGUAAUGUUGAUAGUAUUUAUGAGCGUAGAUGUUGCACUUCCAGGGGAUAGUUUUUAGUUUCAUUACUAUUGUUGUGUAUGAAUUUGAGUCUUAAAAAUGUCUGUUUAAUGUAUUAUUUAUUCAUGUUGUGUUAAUUUAGCUUAUUUAUUCAGCAUUUAUUUAUUGGCCUAUUUAUUUAUUUUUACAAAACAAAAUUAUACUGAAGACAUUUUUAAACAGCGAUUGAGAGGAGUUUUCCUCUGCACUGUUGAAAAAUAGAAAUAUUUUAAAAUAUCAACUAUAAAUUGUUUUAUAUAUCUUAUUAUUUAUUUGAAAUACUGGGAUCUUUUUUAAGUGCAAAUAUUUUAUAACCGACAAGUUUUGAUAAUUUUUUAAAGAUUUUUCUUUUGUUUAUAUUAUUUAUUUUAUUCCAUAAAGUAUUUUGAGACACCUUGCAAUGAACUGGGAGAAAUGUGUAUGUAUUUAAUAUUUAUUUGAUAAUGAAGAACAAAGUGAAUGGAGAUGUUGGUGUAUAUUUAUUUUGUAUUGUCUAUGUGUUAGUGAUGAUGGCUGUGUAUGGAUUAGUCUUUGCCCAUAUGUUGAUAUUGAAAUAAAGAAAACCUGUGCUAAUAUAACUAAC